AUGAGCCUGGGCAUGCUGAAGGCCGCUCCCCGGGGCCCAAGUUUCCGGUGGCUGCUGCUCUUUGCUAUACUGAUGCUGCUGCUUCUCAGCCUUUCCUUCCUGCAGGAGCCCUUGACCAAGUCUUCCAGGCUGUACAACAUAGAGAAAAGCCCCCCUCAGUCCCAGGACAGAAGGACAGAAGGACGUGGAAGGAUCUCCCAGAGAGAAGGGGUGCAGGAGAAAAGUGUCCUGGGCCCCCAAACCCAGGCAGGGAGCAGACGCACUGGAACCUCGAGCCCAGCAAGAAGAAAAACAGAACAAGCUGAGGACAUGGGUUCUGCCCCCCAAAAGGCGACAGCAGAGCCCAAGGGAGACUCCCAGACACCCUACGGAAGGGAGAGCUGGACAGAGCAGAUGAGCACCCCCCGGCUAGGGCCCACGAAGCCUCUGAAGAAAGCAGCCACGACAGUGAGCACCCGAGCCUUGGGACGCAGAGACAAAGUUGCGCCUACCUCAGGAACCCGGCCAACAAGUCGGAAAAAGGAGACCAGAACAGCGGUGUCCUCCAAGGCCAGGGCACAGACCCCCAAAAGGGCUGCCCCUACCAAGAGCCAGAACUCCAAAACCACCCACCUUCAGUCUCCCUUGGAUUUUGAGGAUAAAUACAGCAUGGAUGUCGGGAGCCUGCAGACCACCUGCCCUGAGUCCCUGAAGGUCAAGGCCGCUAAGUCUCCCUGGCUCCGGAAUCUCUUUCUGCCCAACCUCACUCUCUUCCUGGACUCGGAGAAACUGGGGCCCAGUCAGUGGGAGCACCUCCAGCACUUCAAUCCACCCUUCGGCUUCCUGGACCUCAACCGCUCCAUGGUACAGAGCUUGGUGAGUCGCAUCCCGCCGGUCAGCCAGCAGCAGCUUCUCCUGGCCAGCCUACCCCCUGGCAGCAACCACUGUGUCCGCUGUGCUGUGGUGGGCAAUGGAGGCAUUCUCAAGGGCUCGGGAGCUGGCCGGGAAAUUGACAGCCACGACUAUGUAUUCCGCGUGAAUGGUGCCAUCACUAAGGGCUUUGAGUCAGAUGUGGGUGCCCGUACCAGCUUCUACGGUUUCACCGCCUUCUCCCUUACCAACUCACUCCUCAGUUUGGGCAAAAGGGGGUUCCCGCACGCGCCUGGAGACAAGGACAUUCGCUAUUUGCACUUUCUGGAAAAUUCCCGAGACUACUCGUGGCUGCAAGCACUGCUUCUGGAUCAGCCCCUCCGAGAACAGAAGCUUCACUGGUUCCGGCACCGGCCCCGGGAAGCAUUUCCAGACAGCUUUAGCCUAGAUAGAUACCUGAUCCUGCAUCCUGACCUGCUCCGCUACAUGAAGAACAGGUUUCUGAGGUCCAAGACCCUGGAUGGCAUCCACUGGCGAAUAUACCGGCCCACCACAGGUGCCUUCCUACUGCUUACAGCGCUGCAGCUGUGUGACCAGGUGAGUGCCUAUGGCUUCAUCACCGAGGGCCAUGCUCGCUUCUCUGACCACUACUAUGACAAGGACUGGAAAAAAACCGUGUUUUACAUCAACCACGACUUCAACUUGGAGAGACAAGUGUGGAAACGCCUCCACGGUGAAGGGAUCAUUCAGCUAUUCCAGAGGCCCCUGAACCCCAAGUAA